CUACGCAAAGUUACCACCAACGUCACACACACUUCUCUCUCUCUCUCUCUCUCUCUCUCUCUCUCUCUCUAGACAACAUCAUCCAUAUCCCUUCCUGCGCACACAGACGGAUACAGAGAAGGACAAAAAAACUCUCCGGGAAAUCACUUUCUUCUUCCACCACCAGCCUUUCAAGUUAUCGAAGAAAUGGCUGAACAAGAGGACGAUAAGUCAAAGGAUAACCAGUCUGUUGCAGGGAACAAGGGAGAGACGCUCAUGGACUUGGAUCUUGAUCUCGACACUUCUUGGCCCUUGGAUCAGAUCUAUUUUCUUUCUAAUCCUUUGUCUCCGCUUCUGCUUUCCUCCUCUGACCAGCCAUGCUCUCCUCUAUGGGCCUUUUCCGAUGCUGACGAUGAGAGGCUUGCUGCUUCAUCCUCUUCUCACGCUACUCAUCCUCUCCGCUUAUCUGAUUAUCCGAUUUUUCUCACAUGCAAUCCCAGUUCACUUGCUGAAAGCCAGACAGAAAAUGACGAUAAAAGGAAACUUCCUUCUCCACUUCUGGGAUUGAUGCCUUUUGACAACCCAGAUGGAUACUGUAUAAUCAAAGAGAGGAUGACACAAGCACUUAGGAAUUUUAAAGAAUCAACUGAACAACAUGUUCUGGCUCAGAUUUGGGCGCCUGUGAAGAAUGGGGCCAGGUAUGUGCUGACAACUUCAGGGCAACCCUUUGUAAUUGAUCCUCAUAGUAAUGGACUCCAUCAGUAUAGGAUGGUCUCUUUGACAUAUAUCUUCUCACUGGAUGGAGAGUUUGAAUGCGAACCUGGGCUUCCUGGCCGUGUUUUCCGACAAAAAUUGCCGGAAUGGACACCUAAUGUGCAGUAUUAUUCGAGCAAGGAGUAUUCACGGCGUGAUCAUGCUUUACAUUAUAACGUUCAGGGAACCUUGGCAUUGCCUGUAUUUGAACCAUCAGGGCAGUCCUGUGUUGGUGUUAUUGAGCUCAUAAUGACUUCACAGAAGAUUAACUAUGGACCUGAGGUUGACAAAGUCUGCAAGGCACUUAAGGCAGUAAAUUUGAAAAGUUCAGAAAUAUUGGAUCAUCCAAGUACACAGAUUUGCAAUGAAGGUCGGAAAAAUGCACUAGCUGAAAUAUUGGAGAUUUUGACAGUGGUUUGUGAAACUCACAAAUUAGCUUUGGCUCAGACUUGGAUUCCUUGCAUGCAUCGUAGUGUUCUAGCCUUUGGUGGUGGUUUAAAGAAGAGUUGCACCAGCUUUGAUGGUAGUUGCAACGGUCAGGUCUGCAUGUCCACCACUGAUGUGGCAUUCUAUGUUGUAGAUCCUCACAUGUGGGGAUUUCGGGAGGCAAGUCUUGAGCAUCACUUGCAGAAGGGUCAAGGCGUCACCGGGAGGGCAUUUUUGUCUCACAAUGCAUGCUUCUGUCCAGACAUUACCCAAUUUUGCAAGACUGAGUACCCAUUAGUUCACUAUGCACGCAUGUUUGGAUUGACUGGCUGUUUUGCAAUCUGCUUGCGCAGCAGUCAUACUGGAGACGACGAAUACAUUCUUGAAUUUUUUUUGCCUCCCGGCAUCUCUGAUGUUUUUCAACAGAAGGCUUUAUUGGGCUCCCUGUUGGCAACAAUGAAACAGCACUUUCAGAGUCUUAAGGUUGCUUCUGGAAUGGACCUUGAAGAAGAGGAAGGAUUUGUUGAGAUCAUUCAAACUUCUGUGAGUGGGAAACUUGAUUUAAGGCUUGAAUGCAUUCAAACACCCGAGUCUCCAGAAUCUCUGCCAAAUGUUAACACGUCACCAAAGGAAGGACAGAUGGCUCAGGUAGAUCCAGUGGUGAACUUAGAUGUUGUAAAUAAUGGAGGCAGCACUGGUGAUGCAGAGGGAGGCCACUUUCCUACUUCUCCUCCAGAGAAUAAAGGGAACAAAAAGCCAUCUGAAAGAAAACGUGGGAAAACUGAGAAGACCAUUAGUCUAGAGGUUCUCCAACAAUACUUUUCUGGAAGUCUUAAAGAUGCUGCAAAGAGCCUUGGUGUUUGCCCUACUACAAUGAAGCGCAUCUGCAGGCAGCAUGGGAUCUCACGUUGGCCAUCUCGCAAAAUCAACAAGGUUAACCGAUCCCUGUCCAAGUUAAAGCGGGUGAUUGAAUCUGUCCAAGGUGCUGAAGGGACGUUUGAUUUAACUCCCAUUGCUACAAGUCCACUUCCUGUUGCUUUUGGUUCUAUUUCUUGGCCUUCCAAUCUGAAUGGAUGUAAUCAACAAAACUCACCAAACUCUAGAUCCUCUGAACCUAACAAUGAAAGGAAUGGAUUCCCAAUAUGCAAAGUGGCAGGAAGUGAGGAGCAGAGUGGGAGUGAAAAUCAAUUGCCAGGAGGAAGAGUAAUAAGUCACGAGGAAUUGUUCCUGCAAAAUUGUUUUUCACCAGAAAUCGGGCAAGGCUCAAGCAGACAUAAAGCAGGGAAUGUCUCUAGGGAAGAAAGUGCUGGGACUCCAACCUCUCAUGGUUCAUGCCAAGGAAGCCUAGCAAAUGACAUUGCACCUGCAAAGGUUGCAUCUGCUUCUCCUGUCCAAGAACAAGGGAAUGAAGUGGGUACUAUUCCUGAAUUGUCAUUUCAACCAAAAGGAAAACCAAAUCUGUCAGCCCUAUACCCAAUACCAGAUGCCUUUGUGGCAACAGAAGCUCAAGCACCAUUUAGAGAAAGGCUAAUUGAGGACGCUGGAAGUUCAAAAGAUCUUAGAAAUCUUUGUCCUUCAGUGGCAGACACAAUGUUAGAGGAGCGGGUUCCAGAAUAUAGUUGGACAAAUCAUCCUGGUCCAGAAUUCCCUACAAAACAAUCCAUGGCUGCUCUAGAACACGCAACGCCACGAGUAACAGCCAGGCAAGAAAUGAGAUUUGUAACCAUAAAGGCAACCUACAGAGAAGAUAUAAUAAGGUUCAGAAUCUCUGUUGGAUCAGGGAUUACGGAGUUGAAAGAGGAAGUGGCCAAGAGGGUGAAGUUGGAAGUGGGUUCUUUUGAUAUAAAGUACCUGGAUGAUGAUCAUGAGUGGGUUUUGAUAGCCUGUGAUGCAGACCUACAUGAGUGUAUUGAUAUUUCAAGAUUGUCAGGUGGCAAUAUAAUAAGAUUGUCGAUUCAUGAUGUGAAUACCAAUCUUGGAAGCUCCUGUGAGAGCAAUGGCGAGUUAUUAUUAGGUUGUACAUAUGGAAAGGUUUAAGAGCACCAUUUUUAGUGUCGUAGGAUCCAGGGAAAUGGAGAUAAAUUUUUGUUCCAAAAAAUUGCUCUAGUUGUAACAAAUUUUCCAUGGAAUUGUAGAAAUGUCAUCUCUACAUUGUGAAA